GAGAAACUGAUUUAUUGCCAUUAAAAAAAGACAGAAGAAUUAGACAGGAGUGCAGGAGGGGUAAAAGCACCCAGGCUCUUAAGGCGUAGUCAGGAGAGAAGGAGCAGAGUGUAGAGAGAGUGGGAGGGAGAGGAAGAGGAAGAGGGGGUGACUUGCAGGAUCGUAUCGAGUGUAAUUGCUGCUUCGGUGCUGUCAUUUACAGCCAGUGCCAGACUGCAGUGGAGAGGGUUUUGGCCAUGCUGUGUGCAGCACAAAGGGGUAAUGUGUGUGAGCCUGCAGUGCUGAUCCUGGGCCUGCUCUCUUUGGUUCACAUUAUACCAGCUUCUGAACUGCUCAAAUGCGAGGAGAGCUUUUAUAGGAACAUCUCCCCACAGCUGGUCACCGAGUCGGGCCUGGAGAGGAGAUGCCACAGCCUGGGAGCCGGGCGCAAUUUUGUUUCUCUUUAUCACCCUGGACACCAGUCGAACGUCUACACGGCUCUGCACCUGGGCCAGCACAAUGUAUGGGGCAAAGGAACGAGUGAGGAGUCGGACAAACCAAGUAAGACGGAUGACCUGGAAGAGCUUCACGUCCCAGCUUUGUACAAGAAGGACCGGGGUGUAGCUUUAUCAGAAUCAGCCUCUCCUUUCCACAAUCUGGAUGCUCGUACUGCAGACUUGGUAGAGAGCAGGACCGUGCCACAGUGCUCUAAAGCAGGUGGGAGCGUGUACGUUCAGAGCGGCUUGGGCGGGCCGAGCGAGACGAAAGCAGAUGUGCUGUGGUCGGCGGUGUGCUGCGAUGUUCCUGAUGGACAAAGCAGCUUCAGUUUUGGAAUGAUCCAAGAGGAUGAAGGAGAGCUGAAGCUGAUGACCGUUAAGGAGCUGGAGGAACUGCUGAGCGUUGAAGAGCUUUUCUCCGGUCGGUGUGGAGAGACAGGAAGACUAGAAGAACAUGCACCAGAAAACACUGAAGUUUCUGACGAAAACACAGACAUGGCUGAGACGGACAAAAGCACUGAAGAGGACGAGGUGACCGACAGGACAGCUGAUAGAGUAGAGUCUGAACCCAGCCUGGAAGAAAGCGCUAAUGAAACAGAAAGCUCUGAUUCUCAAGAGGAAAGUGUAAUCGUCUACGUCCUGUCUUCUGUCAUCUAUCUCCUGUAUGCUCCGGUCUCUCCAGUUGUCUCCACCCUGACCAACCUUCCCUCUCAGAUCUGCUACGUCCUGCAGGAGGACGCUGCUGUCCUGGCAUCGCUGCCCAGUGACAGCUUCAGUUUGGUUCAGAACCUGGGCUCUGGUAUGGUCUCAGGUGUUGAGAACGUAGGCAGCGUUGCGUAUCAAGUUGGGGAGCAUGGUGUGUGCUCGCUUUACACGUUUAUAAGCACGUUAGCAGGUACUCUUGUGCUCUCAUGCCAGGAGGGACUUGUAGGUACAGGAACGCUAAUGGGUGACGUUCUAGGGUUGGUGAUCGGUGCACUGGGUGAGAUCUGGGACUUUGGCACAGAGGUAAUAGUUUGCAUGUGCCAGUGGGUUGGUGGGUAUGUGGGUGCGGUGGGCUCAGAGAUGGGUGAACAAGGCUUAUCAAUAGGUGAAGGAAUAGGCAAUCUGGCCUGGAGGGGACAAAGGGGACUUGGGCAUGUGAUUAACACAGUGGUGGGCAUUGUUGGUGGAAUGCUGGGAAACACAUUGGAAAACUUACAGGAAGCCUUCAGCAAGGAGUGAGAAAGCAGGAGGUAUUUUUGUUUUGUGCCUGAGCUCAUGUUGCAAGCUUAUUUAUAAUAUACUGCAUUACAUCAUUGCCAGUGUCUUACUGCUAAAAUGCAAUCUGCACGAAAAUGGCUAUUGGAUUGGGCCUGAAAUGGAAAGAUUAGGGACUGAUAUGAAGAUCUUGUUUGGAAUUGAGGGAUUAGUUAUUCCUUUUUACACUCUGCAAAUUAGGUUUGGUACAUUCAGUUGACUGGCAAACAUGGAAAGGUUUUUGGGUCAUUAAUUACAGAUGUUUUUGUUGUAAAAUAUAUGUGAGUUCCAUCAUCGAGACCAUGAUCUAAGCUCUUAUACGGUGCGGCAGAACGCAGCUCAGUCUCGUCCUCAUUCGGCUUUUUCCCCCCCAGUUUUGCCUUGGUGACCCUAGUUUAUUAUGCAGAACAUCUGAAUCUGUAACAAUAAAAAAACGGGUGUUCAGUGCUCAGUCAUCGGUGUGUUUGUGCCCUGUCAUCUCUUCGGUGAAACAGAUCUCUGCCUCUGUACCAAAUCCAACCAGAUCGAUGUCUGAAUAAAAGAUUACUUCACGGA